AACCUUGGAGUUUCUUUGCUAGGGCAUAACUCUCUCAAAAAAGGGUUUUAUCUUCAUUUUCUUCUUCCUCAUCUUCACCACUGCUACUACUCUCCACACUUUCGGAGCUCCCAACCUAAUCUUUCAGACCAAGCUCAUUCUCUAUUUCAGCUUCAAGACUUUGAAAUGGCGACUGCUCAGCUCACCGCAUCCUCAAUUUCGGGUAGGAGUUUGCCCUCGUUCGAAGGGCUCAGGCCAUCUUCCGUUAAGUUCGCCUCUGCUGGACAUGUCAAGCUAGUCGGAGUUAGUCAGAGGUCUUUCAGGGGUCUCGUAGUUAAAGCUGCUACCGUUGUUGCACCCAAGUACACAUCAAUCAAACCUCUGGGUGACCGAGUUCUCGUGAAGAUCAAGAUCGCAGAUGAGAAAACUCAAGGUGGGAUAUUGCUUCCAACCACAGCUCAAACAAAGCCUCAAGGAGGAGAGGUGGUUGCUGUUGGAGAAGGCAGGGCAGUUGGGAAGGCCAAAGUGGAAGUCAGUGUGAAGACUGGCAGCCAAGUUGUAUACUCCAAGUAUGCUGGGACCGAGCUGGAAUUCAAUGGUUCAAAGCAUCUUAUAUUGAAGGAUGAUGACAUUGUUGGUAUUCUUGAAACGGAUGAUGUCAAAGAUCUCAAGCCCUUGAAUGACAGAGUCUUAAUCAAGAUUGCAGAGGCCGAGGAGAAGACAGCAGGGGGCUUGUUGCUGACCGAAGCAAGUAAGGAGAAGCCCUCAAUUGGCACGGUAAUUGCAGUUGGACCUGGUCCUUUAGAUGAGGAAGGGAACAGGAAACCACUAUCCGUUGCUCCUGGGAACACUGUUAUGUACUCUAAAUACGCAGGGAAUGACUUCAAGGGCAAAGAUGGUGACUACAUAGCUUUGAGGGCGUCAGAUGUUAUGGCUGUGCUUUCGUAGAUGUCUCAGUUGUCUCUGUAGGAUUUGCACACCCUGUACUGUCUGAAUUUUGUGGCGGAGUUGAGAUUUUUCUUCUAAAGGAACGUUAAAUUUUUUAAUGUAGCACAAAAUAUAGCACAUUUCCAAUAUAAUGGUAGAGUUUUUGUGCCCUUGAA